GUGUGGUGUUACAGUGAUUAGGUUGUGACAUGUAUUUCAUCUCGUUAAGAAUCAUACGGUUUACUUGAUACGUUUAUGAAAUUUCAAGGUAAGAAUUUUAUUAAACCAUGAUUGAUUAAGUAAGUGUCAGAUCGUCACGUGUUAUAUUAUCGCGGGAAAGGUUUUAUACUGUACAGUGGCCAUCUUGACCGUCGUACUUGACACUUGUGAAAUUUGAUUUUUAUGACCAGAGAUAUAAUAAUCGAAAGAGGCGGAAGAAAGUUCCUUUCCAAUUUACUAAAAUGUCACGAGACUGAAUUUCUGGCUCGCAUUAUAUUAGAAUUCAGAAAGAGAAUCUUUAAGCAGGAAGAGGAAGUUUAGAAACACACAGGAUCGUGGAAAGUUGAGCUGCCGUUGGGAACGAUAGGCGAAGUCGACGUAGGACGAUUAAGAGCGUCUCGACGCGUAAUCGCGCAUCCUUAACCGAUCCGGCGUCGAGUACCCUAGUUAAGUUUCAACGAGGAAACUUGUCGACCGUGUCUCGGUGUUCUCGCAAAGAGAAUUGUGCCGAAGAAUUUACAUUUUUCCCCAAGAACAAUUAGCCGUGGCACGACGAAUAAAGAGUAGCCUUAAAAAUUGUCUCGUGACGAGUCGUUUAAUAUGCAUGCGCAUAAUUUAACGAAGUCUGCCCCGAUAUUGGACUGAUUAAAUUAAAACUGACAAGAAAAUGGCGGUCGAACUUUGACCGCAAUUUCUUGCAAAUAAAUGAGCUGUUAUUUAGAAAAAAGGAAAACAGAGGGGUGGAUAAGAGAUUGCAUUAUUUUGUAGGGGAAGAAUGAAUUUACAUGGUUUUAGGGGUGGAAGAGGUUUCAGAGGGACGCGUUCUUUUUUCCAGAGAAGUAGAUGGACUUUUUUUUAGAGAUAAAUGGCUCGAGUAUUUUCAUGAAGAGCAUUCUUAAGGUGGCUAUUUCGUUUGAUAAAAACAAACAGAGCAGAUGUACAAGUGAAACCUGCACUAGAUACAAAUCAAGGUGGUUACUUUUCAUAUUCUUUCCACAUUUCUAAAAUUCCAAAUUCGUAAAUUUCAAACUCUCGAAAUUUCCAGCUGCAAAUAAAAGGGAAAGUAAUAACGGUAAUAAUUCUAAAGGGAGCUUCAAAUGUCAGGAAAUAGACGUCGCGAAUGUUCAAGGAGCUUCAGGUAUCGAGGCUAACUGAAAUUCAAUUUUCUACCGUGUCUAUCGCUUCGUUUUUUCUUCGACCCUUUCAGUCACAAGAAGUCGACAGACAUCGAAGCUUCUGAUUGAGCCAGUUCCCCUUCGUUAAUCCCAUUCGCGCGGACUUCAAGCACGUUCCAGAAUAAAAUUUCGUGAAAUAUGCAGCCGUGAGAAGUUCGGAAACACCGGACAUCCACUUGGUGGAAAUAGCGUUUAUAAUGACAGAAAUAGAUGGUGCCAUCACGGGAAAUCGAGUCCCAACGAGUCUCGACCAUUUCGAACAGCUUCCAAUUAACAGACACCCGAACGCGGCAUAAUCAACCGAAAGAAACGUUCCGGAUAGCAAUUAAGGUUAAAGAAACGUUGUCGUUAAUGUUAUUCGAGCAUCGGCCAACAGGAAUCGAAGAUGUUCUCUCGUUUAAUUUUAACCGUUGAAGAUCAUUAAAUUCGUGCACUAGAAAUUAGAAGUCGAAUUCGAUGUUAUUAUAGAGUUACGUAUACUUUCAUAAUUAACUAUAUGUAUUUAGGUCGAUUGCUGGAGGCUCUAUUAUUUUACCUAUGAUAUUGUUUCGUCCAUUUCUGACUCGUUUGUGCAAAUACACGGAAUACGAAAGAACUAGCUAGAAAUAAUUGUUAAUUCAACUAAAGAAACAGGGAAAUAGGUUCAAGCUUUGAAUGAUUGUUUGUAAAAUAUGUCUGGUCAUCUACGUCCUUUUUCACUGAACUCAGGGAACAUUACUGUUGCACCAUUUCUGCAGUAAUUCGAGUGCAAUUUUUUAAUCAGUGCAUUUUCUAAUUGCAAAUAAAGAUGCUUAGCAUUUGCCGUUCUGAAAAAAAACGAUUGGCAGAUUCUUAAAUUUUUAUCCUUUCAGUAAUCUUCCUAAUGGAGCUUUUUCUAACAAACUGUCAGUUACAAUAAUUUGCAAUUAAUUCUUCCUCGUGAGGAGGAUAGAUCAUUAACUAUUGUGGAUAUCCAUCAUAAAGUCAUAAAGACUUACUUUCAUAGGGAAAAUUUUUAGAUCAUCACUUUCAAAUCCUAAUUUUCAUGAACCGUAAGAAAUACGGAAGUUAAAAAAGUUCGAAAGACAUUUUCCGUGCAACGUUGAAGAAAAGUUGCAAGAAAAGAGUGUUAGCAAUAAGUUAUCUGCAAAGAAGUAAAUAACAACAGCGUCGAAUGGCGGGCGGGAAAUCCAGAAGCGGGUGGUCGAAAAACAGUAUCCAUCGGACUCACAGGAUGUCGAGACAACGGUGUAAGAGAGAAACAGAUAUAUCGAGACAGAAAGAAGGGGUGGGGGUGAGAUGCCGUGCGGCGAGACUACUCGGUUCGCUCAGUCACCGCCCAGACCGCGCCGCGACCGAUUCGUCGAACGGGUCUUUUACGUCCUCCGCUCAUUUUUCGUCCUCGUAACGUGAUUCGAUCCUUCUCUUGAAUGUAUCUUAAUCACUGGUGCUACCGUGCGACACGUAGGACGCGUGCAACGACCGCGUAUGUCAGCUCCGGUUGCCCUCUCGGUGUUCCUGGUGAGCACCGUUGAUCCUCCCGUCUCGUGACCGGGUCAGGUGAUAGUUUUUCACGAACGACAGUGUGAAGUUGAAGGAAGUGCGGUGGUGGAGACCAUCUGUGAAACGCAUCCCGUGGAAAGCGGUUUCCUCUGGAGGCGCUCAGAAAGCAAUCAAGAUCCAUCGCAGCCCGGAAAUGCCAGAAAGUCAAGAAAGCGCGUACGAAGAUGAGGAGCAAGUCACCAGGGGCGCGAGAUCCCCUGGUGAAACCGGUGCCGGUGAAGAAAUCGGGGCUCCAGACGAGGAUUGCGCCGACACCCUGUUGAAGAUGGGGACAAACACGAGGCCUUGGAAUUUGAGCGCCGGUGGCGGUUUCCUGCGGGGUACAGGGCAACGCGUUAGCUUUGACCCCGAAGCACCGCCGCCACCGCCCCAAACUUCAAACCAACCUCCUAGGAAGAUCGACGAAAAGGUCAAGAGGCACAGUAUCCACGGCAUGAUAGAAGAAGAGAAUGUGGUGAGACCGCACCAGGAAAUGGCCAGUCUGUCCUACAAAGAGAAGAAAUACCUUCUCGCUGUGGAGCGCGGGGACGUUGCCUCCGUCAGAAGGAUGCUACAAGGGGCUCACGAAACCGAGAUGAACAUCAACUGCGUGGAUCCGUUGGGACGUUCAGCCCUUCUGAUGGCGAUCGAUAACGAAAACCUCGAAAUGGUGGAACUUCUGAUCGAGCACAAAGUCGACACGAAGGAUGCUCUUCUCCAUGCCAUCUCCGAGGAAUUCGUCGAAGCGGUCGAAGUUCUGUUGGAGCACGAGGAAAGUCUUCAUCGAAACGGAGAGCCUCACAGCUGGGAAGCCCUGCCGUCGGACACCGCCACUUUCACCCCGGACAUCACACCCCUAAUCCUGUCGGCUCACAGGGACAAUUACGAGAUCAUUAAGAUACUUCUGGAUCGUGGAUCCACGCUGCCCAUGCCUCACGAUGUUCGUUGCGGGUGCGACGAAUGUGUUACGUCCAGGAGGGAGGACUCCCUCAGGCAUUCCAGGAGCAGGAUAAACGCCUACAGGGCUCUGGCUUCACCGUCCUUGAUAGCUCUAUCCUCCAAGGACCCCAUUUUGACUGCGUUCGAACUCUCGUGGGAACUUCGGAGGCUGUCGUUUUUGGAACACGAGUUUAAGUGCGAAUAUCAGGAGCUUAGAAGACAGUGCCAGGACUUCGCCACUGCCCUGUUGGAUCACACGAGAAGUUCCUACGAGCUGGAGGUACUUUUGAACCACGAUCCCACGGGGCCUGCCUUCGAACAUGGCGAGAGGAUGCACCUGAAUCGCUUGAAGUUGGCUAUUAAACUUCGACAGAAAAAGUUCGUGGCGCAUCCUAACGUACAGCAGCUACUGGCAUCGAUUUGGUACGAGGGUCUUCCAGGCUUCCGCAGGAAAAACAUGGUCCUCCAAGCGUUGGAAAUCGUGCGGAUCGGUGUGCUCUUCCCAUUCUUCAGCGUCGCUUACAUCAUCGCCCCGCACAGCGUCGUUGGACAGACCAUGAGGAAACCAUUCAUCAAGUUCAUCUGUCACUCGGCAUCGUACUUUACUUUCCUCUUCAUGUUGAUUCUGGCUAGUCAAAGGAUAGAAAGCGUGAUUGGCAAUUGGAUGGGUCACGACGUGGUGGAACACGAGCCAACGCCGACGAAGAGGGGUGCUGCACCGUCCAUCGUCGAGUGGUUCAUCCUGGCCUGGGUGUCCGGUUUGAUUUGGUCCGAGGUAAAACAACUGUGGGACGUCGGCCUCGAAGAAUACGUGAACGACAUGUGGAACGUGAUCGAUUUCGUUACCAAUUCCUUGUACGUGGCGACCGUCGCGUUAAGGGUGGUCGCCUAUUACAGGGUACAAAAAGAAAUAGAGAGCCAAAAACCGGGAUCCGUGAUCGGAUUGCAACGCGAACAGUGGGACACGUGGGACCCGAUGCUCAUUUCAGAAGGUCUUUUCUCCGCGGCCAACAUAUUCAGCUCUUUGAAACUCGUCUACAUUUUCUCCGUAAAUCCUCACCUCGGCCCCCUGCAAGUCUCUUUGUCCCGGAUGGUCAUGGACAUUAUGAAAUUCUUCUUCCUCUACGUGUUGGUGCUGUUCGCAUUCUCCUGUGGUCUGAACCAGCUGCUUUGGUACUACGCCGACAUGGAGAAGAAGCGUUGUCCCACCGCGAUGUCUUAUUCCCCUAACGCUAGUGUUACGACCGACUCGAAUGCCUGCAUCGUUUGGCGACGGUUCGCAAAUCUGUUCGAGACUGCUCAGACGUUGUUCUGGGCCGUGUUCGGAUUAGUCGACCUGGAGAGCUUCGAGCUGGACGGUAUCAAAGCUUUCACGAGAUUCUGGGGUAUGCUGAUGUUCGGGACGUACUCGGUCAUCAACAUCGUGGUGCUGUUGAAUCUAUUAAUCGCCAUGAUGAACCAUUCCUAUCAAUUGAUCUCCGAACGUGCCGACAUCGAAUGGAAAUUCGCCAGGAGCAAGCUUUGGAUCAGCUAUUUCGAAGAAGGCGGAACGGUUCCACCCCCUUUCAACAUUAUCCCCACCCCGAAGAGCGCGUGGUACAUUGGCCAGUGGUUGUACCGGAAACUGUGCGGUCACAGCAGAGCUGCUAAGAAAGAGCACAUGCGGACGAUCAGAAGGAAGGUUAAGCAGGCGUCGGAGAGGGAUUUCCGGUACCAAAGCAUCAUGAGAAAUCUGGUGCGAAGGUACGUGACGGUGGAGCAGAGGAAGGCUGAAAGCGAGGGUGUCACCGAGGACGACGUGAACGAGAUAAAACAAGACAUCAGCGCUUUUCGGUGCGAGUUGAUCGAGAUCCUGAAGAACUCCGGCAUGAACACCUCGACAGCAAGCGGUGCCGGAACCGACGGUUACCUUAAAGAGCUGUCCAUAGGUGCGGGGGGCAAGAAGAACCGUCAGAAGGAGCGGCGAUUAAUGAAAGGAUUCAAUAUCGCCCCUCAGCCGAGCGGAAGUGGCACUUUGCCACCGGUUGAUGAGUUUACAGCGUCGCUUCAACAGGCACAGCACGAGAACUCUCACGAGCUCUUUGGCUCCACUUUGAGCGGCAUAUUUGGUCCUGGUGCCACUCCCAAGAAAAGUCCCCAUCACAUUAGCACCAAUAGUAUGCCCGGACUCGGUUCCGGCAGACAGAGCCGCAGGAUCAGAAGUAGCUCCAAAAAGAAACGCUGGGAAAAUCUUAUCGAGGCGGCCAAAGUUCGAGGUAGAGUCUCCAAGCUAAUUGGUAGAUCUCAUUCAGAAGACUCCGUGUACUCGCCCGCGUCCGAAGACGGCGGAUCCAGAUCGGAAGGAUCCACGGACUCGAAGUCCUCCCUGGAGCCUCCCGGUCACGAAGUCCAGACCCACCACAUACAUCACAGUCAUCAUUCGCAUCAUCACGAGGGACAUCACAUGUUCGCUCACGGUCUAGGCGCGUUAGCAGCCCUGCGGAAGAAACGUAAAACGUUCUCGGACUCCAGAUCCUCGACGCCGGGCACGAGGAGCAGCAGCGGCACGAACCCGAUACACCCGAUCGCCUCGGUUCUUAUAUCGAAGGUGUCGAAGAAGCAACAGUUGCAGAGAGCCAGCAGCGUUCCAGCCAGGGGACCGGAAGUUAGUCAACAACCGAUUCCGCCGAGACGACACGAAGCCACGCAGAGUCAGCAACCUAGCAUCGACACUCCCGAAGGAGCCAGUGCUAGCGAGCAACCUGUCGUUCCUGCCGUUCCUCUGACCCCGUCGACGACGGAGGAGAGCGUGAUAGCCAGCAGUUCUCUGCCGGCGACCAUGAAGAGAAACGGCUCAGCCACGCAGCUGCAGCGAUUGCCGGGCAUCGAGCCGAUAUCCGGUCACGACGUUUCCGGUGGAUGGCUCUGAGAGGAUCCGUCGGUCGCCACGUUGCGACGCGUCAGUUAACGAAAAGGAAGGAACUCGAUCGUCCAUGAGUUUCGUUCCGAUCAGCCGAAUAAGGCUGGGACGACGACUUCGAUCGAUGUUGGGAUCACGAUAGAUCGCGUCGUCGUCGGCACACGCACAAUGAUGCCUUCUCGUCACGACGCCGAGACUAUAUCGUUUUUAAGAAGCGUUUAAUCACGAACAACGCUCGUCGACUCAUCCUGGCCCUGUUCCCUUCAUCAAAACGGAGAGAAAGAGAGGAGAGAGUGUAAAUAUUGAUGCGAAGUGUUAUCGCUCUAACGCGCGAAACUUCCUUAUUUCAGGGGAGAUUAACUUUUAGAGGUUCACGGAAAGCAACUCGGAUCAUUUUUGGACCUCCUUCGGCUUCUUCCGCUAAUCCAACCGUGUCGGGAAGUUUCUGAACAAACUUCCACGAACGCUCCAUGAAGGACUUGAACGAAAACAUGAAAUAUGGAGUAAUAUACGUUUGGAGCUGUCCUUUAUCGAUUUAUUUAUCGACGGUAUUUUAUUGCGAGUCCACGAAGUUAAUCUCUCCCCAAAGCGUCGUCCAUAAGCGGAGGUUUCUUGUCGAUAAUUUUGUACCGUGCGUAGAUCGUAAUGGAUGAGAACGUUUUCACAUCGAUCGUAGGUAAAGUGGGCCGGUUUCCAUCGUUCGUAAACGAUCUUCGUGGAAACGGUUUGAUCCGUUACGUACAAUCCCACGACCCAUUAAUAACUACUUAUUUACUACUACUGCUCUACUACUGCCAGAACGGAAGAGGGCAAGUGGGUCGACGGUAACUAGUCUAGUCAAAACUAGUCGGACGAUCCGGUGCGAAAGAAGGACACGAUUUUAGCUAUGUUAAUCUGUAAGAGACAAUUUAAUUGUGUUAUUGGUGAAACAAGCAGAAGGAUCGUCAUUUCGGGCGACCAACAAUUUAACCGCUUCAGGAAGCUGGUCUCCUUGAAGAUCGGAACUUAUUCGUUUUUCUAGUUAACUAGUUUUGUCUCUUUUGAUUUGUCUCUGUUUAGUGAUGGAUAUUCGAAAUAUUGCAUGUCUUUGUUCGAAUCGCUUCGGGUUUUAUUCGAGCUCUUGAUCGCAAUAUCGCAAAUUGGAUCGUGGUUUCUGAGCGAGUUGACAAUGUACGUCUGACGGGAAGCGCCGGAUCAAAGGGGUUAAUUGCAAUUGAAAAUUUGCAUAUCACAUGCUCCUCCUUUCUGCGAUUAUAUCGAGGGCUUCAAAACUUCGAAUACUAUUCAAAGCGACUCGAAACUUUCUUCGUGUAUUUGCAUUCGAAUUGUUUCAUCGCUACCCAUACUUUUUGUACGCUUUUUUGUAUCUCGAUGUUAAACGAACUCUAGUCAGACUAUUUUAUUUUUUUUUUUUUUUUGAGACAAUCUAUGUACGCGAUUCAAAGUGUCAGAGAGUUUCUUGCGAGUUUUUAGCAGAAUUUCGUUCUAGUCAAAAGCGGAUUUUGUACAUUUCUUUUCUCUUCGAUAGUCAUUCGAAACAGGGAGAAACGAGAUAAACGUAUCACGACCAAAACAGAACGAGCCGUAGCGUAGUCGUGUAGAGGCCUAAAGAAGAGAUUAAGAUCCGUACUACUUCCUAGAUAUUACAUGUACGUAUGAUAAUAACUAUUAUUAAUGUUACGCGCCGUCAGGGGCGCGAAACAACGCGCUGAGGAGGAGGUGUGCGAACAGUGAAAGAAUUUUCAUCGUCAUCCUCCGAGCAACAACGACCACUUCCUUUUCCGCUAGUCCUCGUCGUGAUCGCGUACCUGACACACGUCGCGCGCAUAGUAACCAUACCGCCUACGUGUAUUAUUUAUGAGAUUAUUAAUUGUAAAUGUAAAGUUUAGAUGUCCACUUGGCAAGAAAAGUCGUAGUGAAUGUUAUAUUGUGAGAACGGUUACUAUAUAUGAUAUUGUUGUAAGAAGAAACGGAACUAUCAACGAUAAAAGCGGAGCGGAACCAACAAAAAAAAUUUUAUUAAUUGAAACAAUAGACGAGUAAACGGGAAUACCUUGAUUACGAGUAAUAGUCGUACGAAUUUAGCGAAGUUUUUUAACGAUCGAAUUUCAAAUAUCGUUUCCGACAAAGCAACAUCAAUCGCACGAGAGUUUCCGGGUAUUUUGUAGCGAACGAGGUCCAUCGGGGACUGGAACAGAGAGAUUGUGCUGGUACAGGGAUCUCGAGAUUCAGUAUUUUGCGGUUAGUAUUAUUGUUUAACGAUUCGUGAAUUCGUUGGCGCUUCGAGCGGAGAGCUUGUCGAAGUUUGACGAAGCUGUUUGUUGCAGACGAAAUAGUUGAUUUAUACCCGUAAUUUAAGAAUCAAAAUGUGCUUCGACGUGUCCGCCUCUUUCGAAACGAUCAAUUAUUUGUACGGUUCGCUUUGAAGAAAAUUUCAGCCGAAGCAUAAGUUUCCCCGUGGCCAUUAUUUCGUUUGCGUUCAUCAGCAACAAACGAGAAACAAAAUUGUAAUACGCGAUAGAUUUUAAACUGUUCGAUUUUAAUAUUCGUUUGAGAUCAUAGCUGGUCGAGUGGUGACUCGAUCGAGAGUAGAAAGAUCACGAAUGACCAUCAAUAAAAUACCAUUUAUUCUGA